AUGUUAAAGAAUAGAGGAUAAGAAAGAAUAAAAAUGUUAGAUUAAUUUUUAAGUGAUUUUAAUUCUACGAUUCAUUUAAUAAAUGAAGAAUAAGAUUUAAAAAUUAAGUAAAUUGCUUAAUAAUUCUUUUUGAAUAUAGAAUCUUUAACAAUUCCAUGUUCAAAAGAAGAUAUAAUAGAAAAAAUAGCAUAAUUAAUUAGAUAAAUUUAAUAUUAUAGAACAACAUUAAAUAUAAGUUUUACUAAUUUAAAAGUGAUAGGAAAUUAGAUAAUUGGUAAAUUUUUUGAAAAGAUUUAAAGAAAUGAUAAGCCAAUACAUAUUUAAUAGAUUGAUUUUUCUGGAAAUAGUUUGGAGAGAGAAAAUUUAAAGAAUAUAUUUUAGGUAAAUAAUAUAAUUUAAGUUAAUAUCUAAUAAUUAAUAUUAAGAAAUGCAGGAAUUGAUGAUAAAAUUCUUUUAGACAUAGCCGAACAUUUUUGGGUAUGUGAGAAUUUAAAAUUAAUAGAUUUAAGUUAAAAUUAAUUGACAAAGAAGAGUUUAAAUAAAUUAUUUGAUGAUGGGAAAAAAUUAGCAAAGAUUCCUUUAAAUAAUAUUAAUUUGAGUGGAAAUAAGAUAGGAGAUGCAAAUUUUAAUGUUCUGGCAGAAAUAGAAGAAAAACAAUGGUAGUGUAAAGAAUAAAAUAUGUUAUAUUUAAAGAGUUUAAUAUUAAAGAAUUGUUUUUUGGAAGAUUAAGAUAUUUAACCAUUUUGUAAUUUUGUAGCUUAGAGUUAUGUACUUUAAAUUUUAGAUAUAAGAAAAAAUAGUUUUAGUUAAGAGGGAAUGGAAUUGUUAUCAAAAUCAAUAGGUAAAAGUAAAUCUUUAACUACAUUGUACUAUGAGAAUAAUAUAAAAACAAGUUAAGCAAUAUUAGUUUAAGAAAUAAUGAAAAAUUGUCAUUUAAGUAAUUUAGAAAUAAUUUAACAACAUUAAGAACAUUUUAACGAAGAGUUCUUAAAGAUUUUAAAUUAUCCUCAUUUAAAAAAUUUAGAGAUAACAUUAGGAGAUAUAUCUAAGUAAUAGAUUAAAUAAUUGGAAUAAUUAUUGAAAUCAAAUAUAUCUUUAAUAAAAUUUAAAUUAAAUAUUAAUAAUAAAGAAAUAAAGUAACGAACAUUUUAUAAGCUUGGAAUAUAGAAAAUAAAGAAUAUAAUGGAAAUAAAAGAGUAAUGUAAUUAGGAUAUAUAUUUAAAUGAUCCAUUUUAUAGAUAAGAUACUUUGAGAAUAGAUGUAUAAGAUUAUUGUUAAAUGGGUUUAUCGAUAGAUGGAGGAGGUAUAAGAGGUUUGAUGCCAGCAACAAUAAUAAAUUAUAUAUGUAAUGAGAUAAAAAAAGAACCAUAUUAAAUAUUUGAUUGUAUUGGUGGAACAUCAAUAGGUGGAAUAUUGGCAUUAGCAAUGACAGGAACUUAAGAUGGGAUUCAUCCAUUAGCAGAUAAAGAUUAACUUAUAAAGUUUUUUACAGAAGAUGGAAAGAUUAUAUUUGAUUAAUAGAAACGAGGUGUGUGGACUUUAAUGAAUAAAUCAAAAUAUGAUGCUAAAGGUAUUGAAUCUGUACUUUAAAGGUAUAUUUAUUAUAUAAUUAUAAUAGAUAUGCAGGAACAGCUAAAUUAAGUGAAACUUUACCUCAUACAAAUGUGAUUGUAACAGCAGUUAAAUUGUAAAAACAUAAAGGAGACAAUAUGGCUAAAGUUUUUAGUUCUAGAAAAGCUAAAUUAGAUUUAACUGAAAAUUUCUUAAUUAAAGAUGUUGGUAGAGCUACUUCAGCUGCACCAACUUAUUUUCCAGCUGCUUAAAUUAAAUCUUUAGCUGGAAAAGAAUAUUAAUUUAUUGAUGGAGGAGUUGGUAAAAAUAAUCCAGCCAAUUUAGUAUUAGAUGAUUUAAAAAAAGGUAUGUUAAAUAAAGAUAAAGAUAAUUUCUUUGUACUUAGUAUUUCAACUGGAGUAACUAUUUUAUAUAAACUAUUAGGUUUCAAAAUAAAAAUAACAUUUAUAAGUUGAUGAAGGUAUAAUGGGAGUUGUAAGAAUCUUAGAUGCUUUUGGUGUAAGCAAUUAAGAUUUUGUAGAUUUAGAAUUAAAAAAAAACUAAGGAAAAUAUCUACGCAUAGUUCCCGAAUAUAAUUUACCAGGUAAUGUUUUAUUAUUACUUUAGAGAAUUAAGCAUAAUUAGAUUGUACUGAUAUCAAAAUAUUAGAAGAGUAUUAAUCAGCAGCAACAUUAGCUGCUAAUUAAUUUCUAGAAUAAGAAAAAUUUGGAUAAUAUCAGGAUAAAACAUUUAUAAAAUGGUUAGAAGAAAAUACAGCUAGAAGAUUAGAAUCCUUAUGA